AUGGGAAAGAGGAAGAGGAGGAGGUUUAGUACUUGCAAAGUGGUCGACAAACUGAAGAAGUCGGGAGCUCUAACGAGGAGAGAGGCGCUGGCUGCAAAGGCCACCAACACUGCAAUGGCACAUUCCUACAGUCUACCAAAGGUGCACAAAUCAGGAGUGCCCUUACGCCCCAUCGUACCCUUCCGAGGCACCCCCAACUUUUGGGUUGUCAAGGAUUCAGAGUGGACAGUGAAGUCUGCUAAAGAGUUUUUGACCCGCAUCCAAUGCCUGGAAGUGGAGGCAGACGAGGUGAUGGUGUCGUUUUACGUGAUUUCGUUGUUAACAUCUAUUCCACCUACUCCGGCUAUCGAAAUUAUUGGUGGUCUUCUCCAAGAGAAAUACGACGAAUCCGACCAAAGGGUCAAGAUACUGCACAUCGUCGAGCUCCUAGAACUGUGUCUAAAAACUUUCUUCACGUUCAAUGGCCAAGUUUACGAACAAACAAAAGGGGACACCGAUGGGCUUGCAUCUGUCUGGCCUUAUUGCCGGAGCUGUUUUGCAGAGGCUCGAGCGGCUGGUCUUCAGCUCGUCUACCUCGAACAAUCAAUUGUUGCGAUCUACGUUGACCUUACCAAAGCCUUCGACAAGGUACCGCACAAACGUCUUCUGGUGAAACUGGAAGCCGUCGGCAUCCGCCUGCCUCUCCUCGACUUCAUUGGUUCCUACUUGCCUAACCACAGCCAGAAGAUCUUAGUAGGCAACAUUUACUUGAUGGCUCAGCUGAUCACGAGUGGCGUUUUUCAAGGCGCGGUCUUGGGUCCUCUACUCUUCAUUCUAUACAUUAAUGAAAUUUCGACAGUCCUGAAAAUUCACACACUCUCCUUUACGCAAACCAGCUAA